UCUCGUGUUGAAUAAAAUAUGGCAUCGCCUCUCGAAAAUUUGGAAGUGCAAUUGGAGAUGUUUAUUGAAAACGUAAGACAAAUUCGUAUUAUCGUAAGUGAUUUUCAACCUCAAGGACAAAGCGUUUUGAAUCAGAAGAUCCAGGGUCUUGUUAGUGGUCUGCAGGAGGUUGAGAAAUUGAAAAAUCAAGUGCAGGACAUACACGUACCCCUGGAAGUGUUCGACUACAUAGAUCAAGGGCGUAACCCCCAGCUGUACACAAAAGACUGCAUCGAAAAAGCUUUGUCCAAAAACGAGGAGGUCAAAGGCAAAAUCGACACCUACCGCAAAUUCAAGGCUAAUAUGCUAGUUGAGUUACAACGUACAUUUCCCAAUGAACUAAACAAAUAUCGAGCUUUGAGAGGCGAUGAAUAACCACUAAAAACCUAACCACUGUGCGCGUUUUAU